GGCGAGCCUAAAAUCUGGUAUGGUGUAUCCGGAUUAGAAGGCGAGAAAUUUGAAAUUGUUAUGAAAGGCCUCGUACCAUAUCUGUUCAAUCAGCAGCCUGAUCUUCUGCACCAUAUGACCACUACAUUAAAUCCUUACGUUUUCAUUGAGAAGGUAAAACGUGUUGCUUUUAAUCGGAAGUUUUUUUUUCACGAAAAAUUACGGAUGGCAUCCGUUUAUGGAAUACCCCGACCGUAG